UCACACCAACCAUAAGUCCAUAGUCGACUUUACAUAUAUCAUACUUUGUAUUUGUAAUGUAAUGUGCCGUUUACGUGAGUGUAUUAUAAAGUUCCUUUAAAAUGCUUCGUACAGUUUUCAGUUUUUAUUUUCGUAUUAGUUUUUCUGUAAUUUACCUCGAUGAAUCUCGUAGAGAAAUACGCGAAUAAUCGAUUAAAAACGGCGAAUACGAUUACAACAACUACUUGUUGAGUUGUUUGGAUUGUUAUCAUUAUCAUUCAAGAAUGUUGAUAAGCGCGCAUGUGGUGUUUUUUUCUCUAAUGCCGGAUGCCGGUGAAUGUUGUGUUGUCUUGUUUUAAGUACAAUUCGUCAACGUUUUUAAUUAAGACUCAUCUUUUCGAUGAUAGAUUUUUGAGUUUGUUCAAUUUUACGUACUGAGUUGUGUAAUAAUCGUGAGGUUUUUUUCUCUUUAAAUGGUGAUAACUCGUUUUCGAGUUUGAAAAUUAAUUUCAAUAUGUGAUUCGAUCGGAUUCGAUACAACGUGGUGAGUUCAUUACCUAGGAGUUCGUUACUUUUUCUGGUCCAUUUUGAUCAAAGUUGAAAAACACCCCUAUUUGAAUCGUAGACCUACUCUUCAAAACUAUAACUUCACUUUGCAAUAUGGUUUUUAUGAAGAAGAAAUUAUAAUGGAGAUCAGAUUGCUACUCCUCUUGAACAUAUCCACAAGCUUCCUGUGAACCCUAAAUGGAAAAAGAAUAAGUACCUAUCUACUUUCUGGAGGAAAAAUCCGCUAUUGAAACAUGUCAGGAACAUCUCAUUCCGCUGGACAAACAGGAGCAACCAAAAGGUCACUUGGUGAAGGUACUUCAUCAGAUAUUCGUCCAGUAAAGAGACAAAAACUUUCCAAAUAUUACGCGGCGGAGGGAUUAAAAUCAGCAAUUCAUGGUAACGUUUAUCAACUGAAGUUGUUGACCUUAUUUUUAAAACGAGGUCUGGAUUUAGGAUAUAGUUUUACUUUAGCAACUGAAAUAGUCGAAGCUGAAAAAUUCGACGAUAUUGUCUUCGGUUAUACAGAUGAAAAUGGUCAAGAUGUAUGUCGCUUUUUGCAAGCAAAGCAUAAGCAAGAUGAAACUAAGAAAAUAACGCUUCGUGAUUUGCUCACAGAAGAAGACGAUAAUUUUAGUAUUAAAAAGUACUUCAUUUCGUAUCGUAAAAUUAAACAAAAUCUCGAAUUCAAAGGUUAUUAUUUGCGAGAUUUUACCAUUUGCACAAAUAUUAAUAUAGACGAAAAUUUAGUGAACAAUUUUGAAAAAAUUACAGACACAGAUGAUAUUUUACAUUUUGAAUAUCACGACAGAUUUAGACGCUACAAAAUUAAUCUAGAUCAAUUUCCUGAAAAAGAUAGACUAUUGUCAAUUUUACGUCGGACCUCAGAACAUCUUAGACUAGCAAAUAUGCUGGCUGUUCACGUGCAUGAGGAUAAAACUUUAAAAUUGAGUGAUUUAUUCAAAGCCUACCAUGGUGCACUCGGAGAAAAAGUAAUCGAGCGAGUUAAAAUUGAUGGUGUUGAAGAAGGUAAAUUUCGCAGUGAGUUCAUAGAUGGUGAAAGUGAUCAAUCGUCAGUGUUGGAUAGGUUCAGAAAAAGUUUUUAUGAGGAAUAUCAGCGUGUCUCAAAAACACAAAUUGACGAGAAUGACUUCUGGGUAAAGAUGAAAGACACAAAUUUGAAAAUAUCUUCCACUUUUGGAAAAGACUUUAAAUUAGAACGUAAUCCUGAGAUUAAGGGCGAUAAAGAAACAUUAGCUGAAAAAAUUGCAGAAGCAAUAAAAGGGGCUGAUAGUGAUAAUGUUGUCCAAAUACUUCGGGAAUCAGGAAAGAAGGGCGGUAUUAUUAAAGAUAAUAUUGAUAAAUUAGCGGGAUAUGUUUUUGUAAAAAAGGGAGAUAAGAAUAAAAAAUUCUAUUUCAACUCAAAAUUUCUUGAUGAGAAUGAAAAAUUGCCGUGUCAUUUGAAAGAGUUCCGUACUAAAUUUGUAGAAAAACUUGAAGACAUAGGGAUAGAAUUUUCCAAAAUGAAUGAAUAUAAAUUUCAUAUAGCCAAGUUUGUGACGUGUGAAGAGGGGCAGCUUUACAUGAAACCUUCUUUACCAGAUGAUUACAUCGAUGAUACAGAUAUACAAGAGUUUUUUAAGCAUUUCAUUUUGUCAGUCAAACAGCCUAAUGAAGAACAGCUGGGUGAUAUUAUCCAAGAAGAAAUUGGUAAAGAUUUCAAAUUGAUUGAUAGUGACCUCAUGGCGACUAAGCUUUUGGAAGAUAUGCUGAAUUGGAUGAAACAGAAAAAGGGUCGUUUUUUAACAAAUGAAGAAGGUAAUGAACUGUUUGUAAAAAUUCACCAGAAAGUCUCCAAGUUGGUAUUGAUUGGCCCCACCUUAGUUUAUCGUGCUAAGAUGGAGCAGUUUGGAAUCUCAUUUUGUGAGGAUUUACAAGCAUUACAAGAUUUCUUAAAAUCAGAAAAACGAAUUUUCAACUUGAUUAGCUCCUGUGACGACACAAUUUUUAGUUCAAUUAAAGUACUCCAAACAUUGAAUAACCUGAAUAGCUACCAAACCGAGGAUAGUUAUAUUUAUAUGCGUUUGGAUUCUCUUUUGUAUAUUUGGAAACGUGUGAUGGAAGCGUUUAGUUCAGAAACGUGUAAUCUAUUGGCAAUUGAAUGCAAAUCCAAGAAAAAUAAGGCAGAUUUGUCUAAAUUAUACAAAUCUUCAUCCAAAUUAUACAAAAAACUGUCUGGUUUAUUAAAAAGUAAUAGAAAAAAAAAAGUUAUUCUUAUAACUUUGAAGAAUGAUACCUUUGCUGAGAAAUUUAAAAGUGAUUUUUCUGAGAAUAAUCAUUACAAAGAAAUUGAAGAUAAAAAUAUAAACCUAACUGAUCUUAUUGUCGAUUCCCAAAACAAAUUUAAAGAAGAAAAAGUUAUAUUUCUUGGUAAAGAAAUAAGUUUAAAUGCAGUGGUAGAUGCACAGUCAACACAUCUAUUGUCUGGAGAAGUGUUAUCUAUGCUUAUUAGAAGUGAUAAAAUAGAGUUAGGUAAAUCACCUAUUGACCCUACAUAUAUUGAGGUCGAGGAUUGCUUCAUCGACCGUACCCUUACUCGUCAUGAUAUUAUAGUCAAGUCAGCUUUCAUGAAAGAAGAAAAUUUUUUAGUGCUUGAGGACAACAAUCGAGAUACUCGUAGGUCUGUUGACUGGUGUGAUUAUGUAAAGAGAGAGAUUGAAGCUCGUAAUCAUUCACGUAAGGUUAAGGUUACAGAUAUAAUUUUCAUUUCUGAUUCACGUGACGAAUUCUUAAAACUAUGUGAUGAAUAUAGGAAACAGCAUUGUAUACAUUGGUUGAAAAAAGAAAAAGGAAAUUUGUAUUGGUCGAAAAGACACCCAAGAGAUCUUUGGUACAUCUACAAAUGGCAACAAUCUAGUGGAGAUCUGACAGAAUUGCGUAGGUUUAUAAAUACAUCGGAAGGAAGGGUCAAAGAAUACAAAAUUACAGGUAUAUUUGAUAAAGUGAUUCUUGUUGCUGCUGAGCCAGGGAUGGGAAAAUCAGUUUUGCUAUCUCAUUUGUCACUAGAAACCCAGUCUAUACAACCUCCUCUGUGGAUAGUUAGAAGUGACUUGGUAGAUCAUUCCAGUAAAUUCUCACACUGGAUGGAAACUAACCCAGAUGCUAAAGAAAUCAGCAUGCUGGAAGCUGUGAAAUUUCUCUAUAAAAUCAUUUUUGACAAAGAUGUGUACCUUUCAGGAGAUCCUGCAGUUAAUGAAAAAACGCAAAAUGUGAUAUGUCUUAAACAGAAUGAACAAAAUAUUGAGAUCGAUGUUGGAAGUAACAUUAUAAAAAAAGUGUCAGGAGCGUCAUUGCUGGAAAUCAAUCUUUUCACUCAUUUUUUCAAUAAGGGUAAAGUGGUAUUACUGUUCGACGGAUUUGACGAGAUCAGUCCACAUUAUAAUGAUCUAGUUGUGAAGUUGCUGAAGGUUUUAAAAGAUACCAAAGUUGGAAGCAUGUGGUUGACUACUCGUCCUUAUAACAUUUUACGCGAUCCUGAAAAUUACUUUGGUACAUUCGCUUACACAGUGCAACCAUUUCUUAAGGAAGAUCAGAACCUUUUUUUAAAUAAAUACUGGACAAAAAACAUAAAACUUACAAAAUUUGAUGAACAGAAAGUUGACAAAUUUAUUUAUGAGUGGACGAAUCAAUUUUCUAAAACGACAAAUGAUCCAGAUAGAAAAUUUUUAAGUAUACCUUUGCAAAUUUGCAUGCUUGCUGAUACGCUUUCUGUUGAGUUUGAAAAAAAUCCAGAACCUUUUUGGGAAAAUGAAAAUGUACAGCCUGAUAAGCUGGAUUUAGUCACCCUUUAUGAGAAAUUUCUUGAAAACAAGCUUGACAUUGAGUUCAAAAAAAUAAUCUCCAAUGAAUGUGAUAGGAAAAAACCUGGCGCAUUAAUUGAUGAAAAAAGUAAGCGUUUAGAAUUUAGGAUAGGUCAUGAAAUAUUGGCUGUGUGUUCGUUAUUUAAAGUAGAUCAGUGUAAAAAAGUGCUAUCUUCAGGAGAACUGAAAAAAAUAAAAGAGUUAAAAGGUCUCAUAAGCGAAGCAGAAAAAAAACCGGAGUCAUUGUUAAUAUUAUUGACGAUAAACCAGAAUUUAUUCAUCGUACGUUUGCUGAAUAUUUUGCUGCGCAAUUUAUUUGGAAAAAAGUUAUUUCCAACAUUGAACUAG